AUGAGUGCUACAGGUUCUUCAAACAAGGGAGAUAACAAACCUUCAUCUUAUGGUUCAUCAAACGAGAACUCUAACUCAUAUGGUUCUUAUGAUAAUGAUUCAUACUCAACAUAUGCUUCAGGAUCAAACAAUAAUGAUGAUUCUUCACACAAAAAUGAAACAUAUGGUUCACAUAAUGAUCCUUUUUCAAAAAACGAUGAUGAUAGAAGAUCAAAUAACGAUUCAUAUGGUUCUUAUGGUUCAGGUUCAUAUGAUUCUUCAAACAGCAAUGAAUAUGGAUAUGAUACUUCAAAAAAUGAUGAAUAUGGUGUAGGCUCAUAUGGAUCAUCAAACAAUAAUGAAUAUGCAUCAAGAUAUGACAAUAAUAAUGAUUCAUAUGGUGGGGAUACACCAGAUGGUGCCAUCCAUAAUAAACUAAAAUCCUAUGAUAUUUAA